AUGUCCGAAAAGAUAAAUCCAAGAAUUGGUGAAAGAUUGGAAAGACGUCAGGGUCAGGGUCAGGGAAGAUCAACACCAACCGAUAUUUCUACUGAUACUCCCGAUACUUCUACAGGAAGGCGGGGUGGUAAAUCUAAAACUUCUACGCCUCCUGAUAGUAUAUAUACGAGUUAUCCUUACGAUGGGUUACCAACCUGUAAGUCCGCAGACGAUCCUGAAUGCACUCCACCAAAUGGACAACCUAUUAUACAAACGAUAACUUUAGCAGAUGAAACAUUGCCUCCUCCUUCAGGAGCAGUUUCGUCAAAUAUUAAAUAUACAACAUAUAUUACGACCUAUACCAGAUAUUUAGCCGGUUACUCACAGACGUUAACAGUAACGGAUGAUAAUGGAGAUCCAACAUCCACUGUGAAACCAGUUUAUCCAUCAACUAUUGUAAUAGUUCAAAGAGUAACUGCUGCGUUGGUUCAAGAAACUGGGUCAUCUAAUUUAAGUACGAAUGAUGUAACUUCUGGUUUAUGGGGUGUUAUGAUUAGUUUUGUGAUUGUAGGUUUGGCCAGAGUUUUGGAUUUGGGCUAUAAUAGUUCUAGAUUUGGACGGCUAAAUAACGAAGAUUGUGAAGUAAUUCUCAAUCCUGUUCGAUGUUCAUCAUCUGUUCUGGGUUUGGGUGAUAUGAGAUAUCGAAAGAAAGAAUUUAAAGUGCCUGAUUCACCAUCAAUACAUUACUUAUCAGAUGAUGAUGAUCUGCUAAUAUAUGGCACAAAAGACAACGGUGUAAAGAGCAUCUCAAAAUUCAUUACGGGGAUAUCUACUAGUGACAUAUUUAACCUUCUUGGACUCAUCGUUGCUUCUCUCUUUGUAAGAUUAUAUCGCUUAGACCAUCCAAGUUCGGCUGUGUUUGAUGAGAUGCAUUUUGAGACUCUCGCUUCCCAAUACAUUAGAGGAGACUUCUUUAUUGAUACUCAUCCACCAUUGGCAAAAUUGCUCAUCACUCUUGCUGCUUUCUUGGGUGGAUACGAUGGAAUCCUUGAUUCUGUGAAUACAAAUGACUUUGCUGGAUCUAAAUAUCCAUAUGUGAUGAUGCGUCUGAUACCAGGAAUAUUGGGUGUACUUGUAAUACCAAUUUCUUAUUUGACAAUUAAAUUAUCCGGGUUUUCGACUACUGCUGCAUUUCUAGUCUCUGCUUUAUUGAUAUUUGAGAAUGGUUUGGUAACUCAAAGCAGACUUAUUUUAUUGGAUUCGCCGUUGAUAGCUUCUACUGCAUUUACAACAUUGAUGUGGAUAAAAUUUCAUAACGAACAAAAAAGACCAUUUAAAUUUUGGUGGUGGUUUUGGUUGGGUAUGACUGGAGUAGGUCUUGGCCUUACAAUUAGUAUCAAAUGGGUGGGGUUUUUUACUAUUAUGUUUAUUGUCCUUUUGACAAUAAAAGAACUAUGGGAUUUGUUGGGUGAUUUACAUUUACCUGCGAUAAGAUGGGCUAAACAUUUUCUUUCUCGAAUUUUGUGUUUGUUGGUUAUUCCUAUGAUUUUGUACAUGGUUGUCUUUGCGAUUCAUUUUUCAAUGAUUGAAAAUAAUGGUGAUGAUUCUGUGUCCAUGAGUCCUGAAUUCAGAUAUACAUUAAAUGGACAUGGCAUGAAUGAUACACCUAUAGACGUUGGAUAUGGCUCUACAAUUAGUAUUCGACAUUUUAAUACGCGAGGUGGUUAUUUACAUUCUCAUCAAAAUCGUUAUCCAAUAGGUAGCAAACAGCAACAGGUUACUUUAUAUCCUUAUAAGGAUGAAAAUAAUUUAUGGAUUAUCCAAAAUGAAACUGAUCCUAAAAUACCAUUCGAAACUAUUGCUCCAUCUUGGAUCUAUCAUAAUGCUGUAAUUCGUCUCUCUCAUGGUUUAACUGAAGGGUGGCUACAUAGUCAUAAUAUCAGAGCACCAGUGACAAAUUCUAAAAGUCAAGACGAAGUUAGUGUUUAUGGGAAUAAAGAUCAUUCAGAUGCCAACGAUUUAUGGCGUGUAGAAAUAGUAGACCACGAAAAUUCUGAUCCAGAGUCCGGAAAACGUCUACGUGCAAUUCACACGAAAUUCAGACUUUAUCAUAUAAAUAGAGGAUGUUACCUUUUUUCUCAUAGUACUAAAUUACCAGAAUGGGCUUUUAGACAACAAGAAGUUACCUGCGGAAGAGGUGCAACAUAUAUAAAUACUAUAUGGUAUAUAGAAACAAAUUCUCAUCCCCAAAUGCCAAACGACGUCAAGAUGGUUAAUUAUAACAAACUUGGCUUCUUUGGGAAAUUUAUUGAGCUUAAUCAAGUAAUGUGGACAAAUUUUAAAUCUAGUACUAUUCACCCUUAUCUGUCUUAUCCUUCAUCUUGGAUAUUACUGGAACGAGGUAUUAGUUUUUGGAUUAAAGGUCAUCAUCAAAUUUAUUUAAUUGGAAACCCGUUUAUAUGGUGGACUUCUACGAUUACCGUGUUUAUGUUUUUUGUUGAGAAAUCCAUUUCAUUAUUAAGAACAAAGAGAGGAUAUAUUGAUCGGCUUAGCGUUAAAGGAGAGCAUUUUGAAUCAUGGUCUAAUAUGUUUCUCAUAGGAUGGUGUUUACAUUAUCUACCAUUCUAUUUAAUGUCUAAAGAAUUAUUUUUACAAUAUUAUUUUCCUUCGUUAUACUUUGCGAUCCUUUUAAUUGGUGUGGGAUUUGACUUAAUAACAGAUCGGUUUAAUCCUAAAAAUCGAACAAUCAUUGUUACAAUAAUUUUGAUAACAAGCAUUUAUAUUUUUAUGUUAUUUUCUCCAAUAGCUUAUGGUAACACAUGGGAAAAGUCUAGUUGCGUUAAUUCAAAAUGGUUAAGCACUUGGGAUUAUGAUUGUAAUCUAUAUGUUCGUAGUCAUUUGACUAAGGACACUAAUUCAACCGGCAUUGAAAUUUCAAAUCCAGAAUUUUCUGAUAUUAAAGCAUUUGAUAAACGUGAUGCUGAAGCUAAAGAUGAUGAGCAAUGUCAUGAAGAAUCGAAAGGUUUAAAGGCGAAUGAUGGUGAAAAUGAAGUAAAACAAUGUGUUCCCAAGAUGGCACAUCCCAAAGAUUUUAGGGUAUUUUUGAGUGCAACACCAUAG